AUUUCCAUUCAUCAGGUUCAAACAAUACCGGACUAUUGGAAAUGGUUGGAGAGACAGUUUCUACCCAAUUUCUACGCUUCUCAGUAUUUCAACUCUACUACUAUAGUCAACUGGCACGACAGAAACUGUAUCUCUGAUUUAGAUACCAGAAGAGUUGGUGUGGCUAGAAUUCGACAGAUGAGGAUUAAGGAAGAUUCGUGUGAGCUACGUGGUGUAAUGAAAAAUUUUAUCAAUCACUGUCGAAGUGAUUACGGGUGGAUUUCUGAUGAUACAAGUGAUUAUUUUACUAGAUGGGUGACACCAGUUGGUAUCAAUACUUCAUUGUUGGAGGACGCCACUACACCAUGGGUGUACCAGAACUCCGUCCAACUGAAGAAUGCUCCAUAUGUUGCUAAUAUUGCUACCUAUAAGGGUGGUGGAUACGUUGCUUUAACAAAACGUCAACUGUGCAGAACCCGGAAAGUUGUUGAGACUCUGAAGAAACAGGAUUGGCUUGAUCUCCGAACCAGAGCUGUGUUCUUAGAGUUUACAGUCUACAAUCCAAACUCCAAUCUGUUCGGUUCAGCUGUACUUGUAGCAGAGUUUACAGCGCUGGGAAGAGCAUUUACUAGAACAGAAUUUAAGGUGUUCCGUCUACUAAGUUAUAUUGGUGCUUGGGGUGUUGUCGUGGUUCUAUUUGAAGUGGUAUACGCCUGCUUUACCCUCUUUUUCUUUAUACAAUGUAUUAAAAAAGUAAAAAAGAACAAGAUGAAAUACUUCAAGGAUUUUUGGAGUCUUCUAGAAUUUGUGCUAUUGACAUUUGCUGUUACUGUAAUUGCUAUGUAUGCUUUUAAACAUAUUUUAACCAAUCUGGCAUUUGAUGCACUCUUUGACAGAGAAUCGGAUGGUUUUGUGAACUUCCAAUCUGUAGCGUUAUAUGAUGAAACUUAUGGCUAUAUGAUGAGUUUUGUGGUAUUUUUGGCUACGAUCCAGUUCUUGAAGCUACUGCAGUUCAAUCAGAAGAUGAAUAUGUUGGGAGAUACCAUCAGGGUAGCCACAAAAGAUCUUAAGGUCUUCAGCAUCUCCUUUUUACUCUAUUUCUUCACCUUUACAGCGACGGCAUAUCUUUUAUUUGGUCCGGCUAUGGCCACAUACAACUCACUUAUAGGAGCUGCAGAGUCAAUGUUCGCUUUUGCUCUGGGAAGCUUCGACUUUGAAAGUAUGGCUGACACUCAACGAAUUCUUGGUCCCAUCUUUUUCUUCUUGUUCAUUGGUGUGGUGUAUAUUGGUUUGAUGAGCAUCUUCUUAACCAUAAUCGGCGAAGCGUUCACCAGAGUCAAGGAGGAUGUCACACUGCGUACGAAUGAAUAUGAAAUUGUGGACUUUAUGUGGAAGAGAUUCAAAGCGUUGCUGGGAUUGAACUGA